AUGCAACCGAUUUCAAUAAAGGAUCUGGAAAGCGAUCAAGGAAAAGUUCAUGUGGUUUACACCUUAAAAAAUCUUGUAUGCAAGAGCCUUUUAGAAUUCGUGGAUAUUCAGAUUGAAAGUUUUAUGUAUCCAGACGAUCCAAAGCGUUUUACAAGAAUCUUUAAAGGGAACAAAAUACUCAGUGAAGCAACAGAUAAAGAUUCGAAAGUAAAAAGUUACCCACCUUCACUGGGUAUUGGACACUCUGCUUUAUUUCCUUUGAUAUACAUAAGACAAAAAACCAACUCCUUGAGAUCUUUGAGUGAAUCGCAAGGAGUACCAACACAACUGAUCUGUGAUAUGAACGAGAAAUUCAAAAAUAUUAACGACCUCUAUGAAAGUCUCAUCGAACUGUAUAAUUCAUACCAGGCGGUAGAUUUCAACAACAUAAACCAGCAAAAGCUUUUGGGUGAUUUAGUCGCUCGGAGUGAUUUCAUGCUUGAAAUCCUCCACAGGUAUAUUGCGAUUGCCUCAUCAAUAGCAGGGGAGAGUGAGGAUGCUAAUAACCUGGUAGAUACGGUCAAUCGCUUUAUCGACGAUACCAUAUUAUUCCACAAACGCAUAAUAAAUAACUCUAACGCUUACACAGAGUACCGUCUAAUGAAACACAGCCUCAAGAGAAAUCAGAGUGAAGAAACGUUAGUUGAACUUGAAUUCAGAUCAUUGGACGUUUCAGAUGUGCAUCUUGACGAUGAAUUUGAUGACUUUUUACAGCAUAGAAAAGCCGCUCUUAAAAUAUCUCAUAGGAGGGUUAUAUGA